UGCGCUCAACUGGGGCUGAUGCUGGGCGACUAGGCGCCGGCCAACUACUUACAUGCCAAAACGUUGUCGUUGAAAUGGAUUUGAUCGUAAAUGCUAAAUGCAUAGCAGAUAUUUUGAUUUUCUCUUCCCCUUUCAAGCGUUAUCUUCUUCUGCCACCAUUCCACUGUUGAUUUGUGGCACCCCCGAGCAUUCUCAAUCGAAGAACAAUGGCUGUAAAUGAAACGUCUACUGACAAAAACAUAUGCUUAGAGGCUAAGACGGUGCCUGAUUGUUUGAAACUCUCUUGGGCUCCUGCUCAAACACCAUUAGCCCUCCCGUCUUUGAGAGUACCCACCUCCAAGUUCAACACUUUAGUUUCUCGGAAUCUCAACCUUCGGGAACUUAGCAGGUCCAUGAAUUCGGCGUUUGGUAAGUUUCUCAGAUUGCUUCACUUGCUCGCUUGUGAAAACCCAAUUGUGAAGAAAGUCCUCUCUCUGUCCUCUGAAUUUCAGAGUUUAUGCGUACAGAUUCGCUGCAUCAGCUACAAGAACGUGAACUCGCUGUCUGGUCACAAUUUCGCUGCUGUUUUACCUGGAGAUUCAGUGGCAGGGCUAGUGGUCGCUAAUGGAAUCUUGAAUUUUUUGAAUAUUUACAACACAUUGCUGAUUGUCAGGCUUGUUCUGACCUGGUUUCCAAAUUCUCCCCCUGCCAUUGUUAGUCCUCUCAGCACAAUAUGUGACCCGUAUCUGAACAUAUUCCGAGGACUGAUUCCCCCCCUUGGAGGAACACUGGAUCUCUCACCCAUCCUGGCAUUCUUGGUUCUAAAUGCAUUCACUAGUACUGCUGCUGCACUUCCUGCUGAGCUUCCAGUUCAUGGACAAUCCCAACAUAGUUCUGUACCUCCAUCACAAUUAACUGAUCUCACCACUGCACAGAAGAAAUGGAUAAGAAGGCUUCAAGGGACCAGGUCAAGGACCUCCGGUGGCAGCAAUUAGAACAUAAUGGCUCAUAGUCCUAGGUGCUUUAGGCUGUUUUGUUUCUAUUGUUCCUUUCCACUGGUGAUGCUUUCAGCCAGGCAGCGCAAUUUUUGAGCCUUUGGUUGUGAGGUAUCAAGAGGUUACGCCCGGCCAUCGCUCCCUGGAUCCCAGUGACCGUACUACAUAAUUUACUUUUGGCCCAUACAAUCAAGAUCUUUUGUUGAUUAUUUCAUUUAUGUUAAUAUUAUUCAAUCUUUCUUUCUUUUGUUCAAA